AUGGCUAUACCCAAUAUCUUCACCGUCCUUCUCUUGCUUCCUCUUCAUUUGGCUUUUGGAAACUCAACUUUGAAUUUAACUCUCUACGCCAGUGAUCAUAACUCUUCAUGGCUCUCACCGUCCAAAGAAUUUGCUUUUGGAUUUCACCCAAUCAACAACAGCACAAGGCUCUUCUUGCUUGCCAUCUGGUUCGACAAAAUACCUGCCAAGACUGUUGUCUGGAGUGCAGACAUCGCAGAUCCAGUACCACUGGGAUCGAGGGUUCACCUCACAUCAACGGGUCUCACACUUACUAACCCCCAAGGUCAAGUGAUGUGGGCAAUCAAACCAGAAGAAGAUGUGUCCUAUGGAGCAGUGCUUGAUACCGGAAAUUUUGUUCUGGCAUCCUCCAGCUCUUAUUUGUGGCAAAGUUUUGACAAUCCUAUUGAUACGCUCUUACCUGCACAAACUUUGGAUGUGAACAGUAAGUUAUCUUCUCGAUUGUCGUCGGUCAAUUACACAAAGGGAAGAUUUGAGCUUUAUUUUGAUAGUGGAAAUCUCUCCUUAAGUCAAAUUGGGUGGCCAUCUGAAUCUCAUUACGACAAAUAUUUGAGUAUUGGCACGAGUUCUAAUGACUCUGCCUCACAACUAGUCUUCAAUUCGUCGGGAUAUAUUUAUGUGAAGACAAAGAGUGGAGAUCAAAAAGCUCUUGGGUUGAGUAAUUCCAGUCUUUCUGUUGGAAGAUAUUAUUACAGGGCUACACUUGAUCCUUAUGGAGUCUUCUCGUUGUAUUCCCAUCCCAAGGAACCCAGUGAAGAUCAAGUUUGGUCAAUUGAGGGGUACGUUCCUGAUAACAUUUGUACUGCGAUAUUUAGUGAUUUGGGUGGUGGUUGUUGUGGCUAUAAUAGCUACUGCUCUUGGGAUGACAACAACAAGAGACCAAAUUGUACCUGUCCAAAAGGAUAUUUCUUGGUAGAUCCAAAUGACAAAUUCGGAGGAUGCCAACCAGGUUUCUCGCUUGGUUGUGGAGCUGAUGAUGCUCGAUCACGAGAAAAUCCAGAAGAGGUAUACCGUAUGGAGCCUUUGCAAAGUGUGAAUUGGCCUCUUGGAGAUUAUGAAAGGUUGAUCAAUUUUACCCAGGAUGAAUGUAUAAAAUCUUGCUUGCAUGAUUGUAAUUGUGCAGUUGCUAUCACUGGAAAGGAUUGUUGGAAGAAAAAUUUACCCGUUUCUAACGGAAGAUUAUCUCUAAGUAAGGUUGAAACAAUGGCAUUCUUGAAAAUAAGAAUUCAACCACUGGGUAAUCUUAAUCCUUCUCUGCAAAAGGAAUAUCAGGUCCAACCUGCUUUGUUAGGGUCGCUUAUUGGCUCCCUUGUUCUUAGUACUCUAUUGGUAGCCGCUUUGGUUUUGAUUAUUCUCUUAAAGCCGAAAAAGACCACUCGUGUUACAAGCCUUGUCGAAACAAAUAUGCAUUCUUUCUCAUACAAAGUACUGAAGGAGGCAACAAAUGAGUUCAACGAAGAAGUAGGAAGAGGUUCCUUUGGCAUUGUGUACAAAGGCGUCCUCAGAUCAGUAACAAAAACUGUUGUCGCAGUGAAAAGAUUGGAUAGAUUGUCUCAAGAACGAGAAAAGGAAUUUAGGAAUGAGUUGAGAGCCAUUGGAAACACAUGCCACAAAAAUCUGGUUCGGCUGAUUGGGUUCUGUGAUGAGGGAGUUCAUAGACUUUUGGUGUACGAGUUCAUGAGCAAUGGUACUCUUGCUGAUAUUCUCUUUGGAAAAUCCAAACCCGACUGGAAUUUAAGGGUUAACUUUGCUUUGGAAAUUGCAAGAGGUUUGCUUUACUUACAUGAAGAGUGCGACACUCCUGUCAUCCAUUGCGAUAUUAAACCUCAAAAUAUACUGAUAGAUGCACAUCUGAGGGCAAAAAUCUCAGAUUUGGGCUAG